AGGGGACCAUUCUAAGGUGCCCCGGGAAUAGGCGGCUCUCCCCGGGGCCGAGCGUCCUGGGGCACUCGUACCGGUCAGCCCGGCUACAGCUAGAAGUGAAGGCAGAGGCGGGGGCUAGCGUGUGGCGGCCGUAGGGCGAAUCUGGCAUUGGGCGAAGAGGAAGAAAACUCGGAUUACAAGAUCAACCACCAACAACAAUAAAAACCACCAGGAUAUUUUUUUGAAAAUUUCUGACGGCUUUAAAUUCAUGAAGCAAUUGUCCUCUUUUGCAAUCAGCAUUUGGAUCUCAGAAUGAGCAAGGAAAGACCCAAGAGGAAUAUCAUUCAGAAGAAAUACGAUGACAGUGAUGGGAUUCCGUGGUCAGAAGAAAGAGUGGUACGGAAAGUCCUUUAUUUGUCUCUGAAGGAGUUCAAGAAUGCCCAGAAGAGGCAGCACGGGGAAGGCCUUGCUGGGACCCUCAAAGCAGUGAAUGGGCUCCUUGGUAAUGGCCAGUCUAAGGGAUUAGGACCAGCAUCUGAACAGUCAGAGAACGAGAAGGACGAUGCAUCCCAAGUGUCUUCAACUAGCAACGAUGUUAGUUCUUCCGAUUUUGAAGAAGGGCCAUCGAGGAAAAGGCCCAGGCUGCAAGCACAAAGGAAGUUUGCUCAAUCUCAGCCAAAUAGUCCCAGCACAACGCCAGUAAAGAUAGUGGAGCCAUUGCUACCCCCUCCAGCUACUCAAAUUUCUGACCUCUCUAAAAGGAAGCCUAAGACAGAAGAUUUUCUUACUUUUCUCUGCCUUCGAGGUUCUCCUGCGCUGCCCAACAGCAUGGUGUAUUUUGGAAGCUCUCAGGAGGAGGAGGAUGUUGAGGAGGAAGACUAUGAGACAGAGGAUGUCAAAGCAGCCACCAACAAUGCUUCAUCUUCAUGCCAGUCGACCCCCAGGAAAGGGAAAACUCACAAGCACGUUCACAAUGGGCAUGUGUUCAAUGGCUCCACCAGGUCAUCACGAGAGAAGGAGCCCGUCCAGAAACACAAGAGCAAAGAGGCCACUCCAGGGAAGGAGAAGCACAGCGACCACCGGGCGGACAGCCGUAGGGAGCCUGCCUCUGCGACCCACCCCCCUACAGCCCCCUCCUCGGGCUCCUCUGCCAAGGGGCUCGCUGCUAACCACCAUCACCCCCCUCUGCAUCGGUCGGCUCAGGACUUACGGAAACAGGUUUCUAAGGUAAACGGAGUCACUCGAAUGUCAUCGCUGGGUGCAAGUGCAAGCAGUGCCAAAAAGAUGCGAGAAGUCAGACCUUCACCGUCCAAAACUGUGAAGUACACUGCAACGGUGACUAAGGGGACAGUCACGUACACCAAAGCCAAGAGAGAACUGGUCAAGGAAACCAAACUCAAUCACCACAAGCCCAGUUCAGCUGCCAACCACAUAAUCUCAGGGAGAACUGAAAGUAGCAAUGCAAAAACUCGCAAACAGGUGCUACCCCUCGGAGGGGCAUCCAAGGCCGCCGCACCCGCUGUCAACGGCGUCAAGGUCAGCGGCAGGUUGAACCCAAAGUCAUGCACUAAGGAGGUGGCAGGGCGGCAGCUGAGGGAGGGGCUGCGGAAUUCCAAGAGAAGACUGGAAGAGGCACAGCAGGCCGAGAAGCCGCAGUCGCCUCCCAAGAAGAUGAAAGCGGGGACUGGUGCUGCCGAAGCCCCCAGCCGGAAGGCAGUCCCCGUGCCCGCCCCAGAGAAGCCUCUGCUGAACGGACACUUGAAGAAGGACAUUCCGAAGGACGUGCCUGAGAGAAGUUUGGAACGGAACCGGCCCAAGCGGGCCACGGCCGGGAAGGGCACGCCGGGCAAGCAAGCACAUGGCAAGACGGAAAGCGCCUCCUGUGAAAAUCGCUCUACCUCGCAGACGUAGCCCUUGCACAAGCCCCCAGAUGUGGUGGGGGCGGCGGCGGCGGCGGCAGCAGCAGCAGUGGCGGCCACGGCCACGGCCUCCGCGGGCAAGCACGAAAAGGGCUGCGGCAAGUCCGGGUGGGCGGCCAUGGACGAGAUCCCUGUGCUCAGGCCCUCCGCCAAGGAAUUCCAUGACCCGCUCAUCUACAUCGAGUCGGUGCGCCCUCAGGUGGAGCGGUUCGGCAUGUGCAGGGUGAUCCCACCCCCGGACUGGCGGCCAGAGUGCAAGCUCAACGACGAGAUGCGUUUCGUGACGCAGAUCCAGCACAUCCACAAGCUGGGCCGGCGCUGGGGCCCCAACGUGCAGCGGCUGGCCUGCAUCAAGAAGCACCUCAGAUCUCAGGGCAUCACCAUGGACGAGCUCCCUCUUAUAGGAGGCUGUGAGCUAGACCUGGCCUGCUUUUUCCGGCUGAUUAAUGAGAUGGGUGGCAUGCAGCAAGUGACUGACCUCAAAAAAUGGAAUAAACUCGCAGACCUGCUGCGCAUCCCCAAGACUGCCCAGGACCGGCUGGCCAAACUGCAAGAGGCCUACUGCCAAUACCUGCUCUCCUAUGACUCACUCUCACCCGAGGAGCAUCGGCGGCUGGAGAAGGAGGUGCUGAUGGAGAAGGAGAGCCUGGAGCGGCGCAAGGGGCCCCUGGAGGGCCACACGGAGCACGACCAGGGCAAGUUCCACUCCCUGCCCCGCUUUGAGCCCAAGAACGGGCUCAUCAAUGGCAUGGCCCACAGGAAUGGCUUCCGCAGCAAGCUCAAGGAGGUGGGCCAGGCCCAGCUCAAGACCGGCCGGCGGCGGCUCUUUGCUCAGGAAAAGGAAGUGAUCAAGGAGGAGGAGGAGGAAGAGGAGAAAGGUGUCCUCAAUGACUUCCACAAGUGUAUAUAUAAGGGAAGGUCCGUGUCGUUAACAACUUUUUACCGAACAGCAAGGAAUAUCAUGAACAUGUGCUUCAGCAAGGAGCCUGCACCAGCGGAAAUUGAGCAAGAAUACUGGAGGCUAGUGGAAGAGAAGGACUGCCACGUGGCCGUCCACUGCGGGAAGGUGGACACGAACACGCACGGAAGUGGGUUCCCUGUGGGAAAAUCAGAACCGUUUUCAAGGCACGGAUGGAACCUCACAGUGCUCCCCAAUAACACAGGGUCCAUCCUGCGUCACCUCGGUGCUGUGCCUGGAGUGACUAUCCCCUGGCUCAAUAUUGGCAUGGUCUUUUCUACCUCAUGCUGGUCUCGAGACCAAAAUCACCUUCCAUAUAUCGACUACUUACACACUGGUGCUGAUUGCAUUUGGUAUUGCAUCCCCGCUGCAGAGGAGAGCAAGCUGGAGGACGUGGUCCACACGCUGCUGCAGGCCAACGGCACCCCUGGGCUGGAGAUGCUGGAGAGCAACGUCAUGAUCUCGCCAGAGGUGCUGUGCCGAGAGGGCAUCAAGGUGCACAGGACUGUCCAGCAGAGUGGCCAGUUCGUCGUGUGCUUCCCGGGAUCCUUUGUGUCCAAAGUGUGCUGUGGCUACAGCGUCUCGGAGACCGUACACUUUGCCACCACCCAGUGGACAAGCAUGGGCUUUGAAACCGCCAAGGAAAUGAAGCGUCGCCACAUAGCCAAGCCUUUCUCUAUGGAGAAGCUCCUCUACCAGGUUGCACAGGCGGAGGCCAAGAAGGAGAAUGGCCCCACUCUCAGCACCAUCUCGGCCCUUCUGGACGAGCUCAGGGAUACAGAGCUGCGGCAGCGGAGGCAGCUGUUCGAGGCCGGCCUCCACUCCUCCGCCCGCUACGGCAGCCACGACAGCAGCAGUGCAGUGGCGGACGGGAAGAAAAAGCCUCGAAAGUGGCUGCAGUUGGAGACUUCGGAGAGGCGGUGUCAGAUCUGCCAGCACCUGUGCUACCUUUCCAUGGUCGUGCAGGAAAAUGAGAAUGUGGUGUUCUGCCUGGAGUGUGCGCUGCGUCACGUGGAGAAGCAGAAGUCCUGCCGAGGGCUGAAGCUGAUGUACCGCUAUGACGAGGAGCAGAUCAUCAGCCUGGUCAAUCAGAUCUGCGGCAAGGUGUCUGGAGAGAACGGCGGCGUGGAGAACUGUCUCAGUAAACCCGCACCAAAAAGAGGGCCCCGCAAGCGAGCCACUGUGGACGUGCCGCCCUCCCGGCUCCCCUCCGGCUCCUCAUGAGGCCACCGCCGUGCAAAAGUGUGCUGUCCAGUUAUAUAUUUUGUAAUUAUUAUAUUCUAGUUUGCAGUACUUGCUGUAGGAUACAAGCUGUCUUUGCACUAGCUCUAAAGAAGAUUUUUCUUCCGAUAUUAGAGAACUAAUUUUGUUUUAGCAUUAAACUGUUGGACUUUUUUCCUUUUUUUUUUUUUUUUUUGUACCUAAGAUUCUAGAAACUGCAGUCAGAUUUUUGGAACUGCUGUACACUUGCUGUGUGAAGACCCUGUGUGAGGGGCUUUGUUAAUUUGUAUCGCCUCUUUGGCUGACAGAAGCCUUCUUUUGUUUUGGUUUGGGUUUUUUUUGUUUUAUUUUUUUGUAAUAUUUUGGGGGGAAAAGCUUUUAUAACCCAUUUUUGAAGAGGGUGAAGUUUGGAGAACAAAUUAUAAAAACCAUCAAUUGUAUGAGCAGAUUUUUUAAGACAGGAAAAAGGGACACACACACACACACACACACACACACACACACACACACACACAGAAAGAAAUGGCUUUCCUGCGGCCGUCUUUUCUUCUGUUACGUGCAAGAGGAGUGUCGUCUGGAAGCCGGAGAGCCAGCCCCUCAUGCUGCGUCUCCGGGCGGCACUGGGCGAGGAGUUCUCUCCACCAGCACACCACUAUGCAUCUGUUUAGGGCCGAAGGAGAGCGGAGCCAAGACUGCCUGCCUUGGAGCGUCACGUGAGGGGCAACCGUGCCUGAUUUCAUUCGGAAAUCCGCUUCUGUUCACUUUUGGUGCUGUUGGCUACUUUAUACAAAAAACAAAAAGCAAAACCCUUCAGUAGCAUCCUGGAAAGAAACGUGGGAGGGGAAGAAGUGGCAGGGGCGCCUGCACUUCCUUGUCUUCGAUGUGCAAUCUUCCUGACAUUCCAGCGCGGCUCGCCGUCGUCGCUCAGCGUUACUUUCUUUGGUUGGCUGGUUUGCUUUAGGGUCACACCUGGAGCCCCUCGAAGUCUCCCGUCCACGUCCAAUGUGAAAGUGCAGCUGUGCGCUCACCUUGUCUGUUUUGUUUUUGUUUGUUUUUCUCUUCAUGUUGUAACACAAAUGAAAAAGAAAAAAGAAAGAAACCAUACCUUUUGUACAUAUGCCUGUAAAUUGUUUUAAAUACUUGAGCCUUUUUCUUGGGGGGGAUGGGGAGGGCGGAAAGACAAGAUGAAGAAAAGCCUUACAUUUCCGUUUCUUCAUCGGUUGGAUUGGAUGCUUACAGGGUUUUUCUUGUAACGUUUAUAAGUGCUGCUUACAUCAAGGAACAACAACAGAAAUCAUCAGUGGAGUAGCUGUUGCCCUUCUCCGGUUGUGUGUACAGUGCGUGUGGAAUAAAAAGGGAAGCUGUUUUCACAA